AUGCCGUUUAAUACGACAUCGUCUAAAAUAGUAGUUCAUCCCCAAUACGAUCCGGCAAUCUUUGCGCAUGAUUUUUGCCUGAUUAAACUGACUGACCCUGCCCCACAAAGUGACACGGUACGGUACGCCACCCUGGCCACUAGCUAUCCACCCGCUGGUACCAAGGCUAUUGUCACCGGUUGGGGCUAUACUAAUGGCACAGACGACACCUCCCUUGCUACAAAUUUGCAAUCUGCUGAAUUAACCGUUAUUGAUCAGGCUACCUGUGCCCGGUAUUGGUUGCCAUUGGGCGACCCGAUUCACAAUUACCAGUUAUGCACCCAAAAUAAGGACAAGAGUUUUUGUUCAUACGGUGGCACUAAUACACAGAAUAUGUCGUCUACUACAUCUACAAAAGUGAUCAAGCAUCCACAUUAUGACAAGAAAACAGCCGACCACGACUUUUGCCUGGUCAAACUGGUAAAGCCUGUUGAACUAAGUGACACGGUUAUGGUCAUUCCCAUGGCAUCUAGCUACCCUAGCAAUGAGACCAUAGCGAUUGCAAUGGGAUGGGGCAGGACUGAUGGCAACAAUGAGAAAUCGACAUCUCCAGUUUUACUAGAAGCUGAAUUGAAUAUAUUGGAUCGGGAUACAUGUGUCGAGAAAUAUAAAUUUGGUGGUGAUCGUCCAAUACACAAUGACCAGAUAUGCACCAAUACUAUGGGUAAAAGUAUUUGCCAAGGUGAUUCUGGCGGACCAUUAACCGUGAUGAAUGGCACGAUUCGUGAAUUAGUAGGAGUGGUAUCGUUUGUUCAAACUGGUUGUCCCAAGAUUGGACGGGAACUGGGUCAUAAGGCGAUAAUAAAGUACGGCGGCACCAACCUAGAUAAUAUGCCGUUUAGCACUACAUGGUCCGGAGUGGCUAUCCAUCCACUUUAUAACAACCCAAAAGAAUAUGCGUACGACUUUUGCUUGAUCAAAAUGGUCGACCCCGUGAAAACACUAAGUGACCAGGUACAGUACGCUAAGCUGGCCACUGACUACCCACCAAACGGGACAAAAGCGUUUGUCAGCGGUUGGGGUAAGACUGAUGGCAAAGAUGAAAAGUCAACGGCAAACGAAUUGCAACAUGCUCAAUUGACCAUCAUCAAUCUGGAGGAAUGCGAAAAGGACUGGUCGGACAUAGGCAGUGACCAGAUAUGCACCAAAUCUAUAGAUACAGGUACUUGUAAUGGUGAUUCCGGUGGACCACUUACCAUUGAGUCUAGUCGUGAAGUGGUGGGAGUGGUGUCAUACGGAGAAAGAUUUUGUCCGUUUGGAGUACCUAUAGUUUAUGGAUAUAUACCGGCA